UCUCUAGCUGAAAACCUUCCCACGUGGCUCCAUGAAGACUUGAUUUGGUCAGAAAAGCCACUGUUUGAGUUAAGACAUUGAACCUACAACAGCUGAAGAGCUCUGAUGGCCGAUGCCUGCUUAGGAGGCAGGCCUGGAAGCCACAGGCUCCCCAGUUCACCCCGACCCCGUUGCACACCAGAUAGCAGAACCCCUCUUUCCUAGAGGACGAGGGACCCGCAGCAGGCUGAGGCACCAGCCUUACAAAACCCUCAGCUGGGGUUCUAGGCCCUCGCCCCUAAUAAAACUAGAGAAAGCAGCAGUGCGGAGCAUGGGAAGGAGCUAAGUGGGGGACGAGAAGGGAGGCAGGCUCUCGGGCACCCGCCACCUGUUGCAACCUGACAUCAGACUCCCCCUGGGGGGCAGAGCGGGUCUCCCAGCCCCGAGGCCUUGUCCUCGGAGGAUCCAGCUGUGAAGCCCCCUCCGCCAGGUCCCCGUCUUUCCCCUGGGGCCAGCCCCAAAUCGUCGGCCUCUACCCCCAGGAGCCUGCCCCUCCCACUCCACCCCCUCCUCCCCCACCUUCCUGCCCACGCAUUUGCCUGGGUCGAGGGUGGCAGGAAGGGAGGUGCUGGGCACCGGCCGUGAAGAGCAACUCCCCACCUCUCCCUGGGAGAGCCCGCACCCAGGCUGCGUCCGGCACAGGCCCGACGGCCCCCGCCAUGCACCCCACCGAGCCCAGGAGCCCCAGCCCCGAGACGGCGUCCUGGGACUACUUGGGGUCCGGCGCCCUGGAGGAGCUGGAGCCGUGCCUGGCCCCGGACCUGCCCUACGGCUACGCCUACAUCCCCGCGCUCUACCUGGCGGCCUUCGUGGUGGGCCUGCUGGGCAACGCCUUCGUGGUGUGGCUGCUGGCCGCGCGGCCUGGCCCGCGGCGCCUCGUGGACACCUUCGUGCUGCACCUGGCGGCCGCCGACCUGGGCUUCGUGCUCACGCUGCCGCUGUGGGCGGCGGCGGCGGCGAGCGGCGGCCGCUGGCCCUUCGGCGAGGGCCUCUGCAAGCUCAGCGGCUUCGCGCUGGCCGGCACGCGCUGCGCAGGCGCGCUGCUGCUGGCGGGCCUGAGCGUGGACCGCUACCUGGCGGUGGUGAAGCUGCUCGACGCGCGGCCCCUGCGCACCCCGCGCUGCGCGCUGGCCGUCUGCUGCGGCGUGUGGGCCGUGGCGCUCCUGGCCGGCCUGCCCUCCCUGGCCUACCGGGGGCUGCAGCCCCUCCCCGGCGGCGGGGGCAGCCAGUGCGGGGAGGAGCCCUCCGACGCCUUCCAGGGCCUGAGCCUGCUGGUGCUGCUGCUCACCUGCGUGCUGCCCCUGGGCGUCACCCUGGUCUGCUACUGCCGCAUCUCCUGCCGCCUGCGCCGGCCGCCGCACCUGGGCCGGGCCCGGAGGAACUCGCUGCGCAUCAUCUUCGCCGUCGAGAGCGCGUUCGUGGGCUCCUGGCUGCCCUUCGGCGCCCUGCGGGCCGUCUUCCACCUGGCGCGCCUGGGGGCGGUGCCGCUGCCCUGCGGCCUGCUGCUGGCGCUGCGCUGGGGCCUCAGCAUCGCCACCUGCCUGGCCUUCGUCAACAGCUGCGCCAACCCGCUCAUCUACCUGCUGCUGGACCGUUCGUUCCGCGCCCGGGCCUGGCGCGGAGUCUGCUUGCGCGCCGACCGCCCGGCGCGCAGGGGCAGCUCGGUGUCCUCGCUCUGCAGGGACGACAGCUCAGUGUUCCGGAGUCCGGCCGGCAGCUGGGAGCGAGCCCGGCCGGCGAACGCUGGCUCGGCAGUGCCGUAGCCGCCCCGGCCCGGUGGAGGUGGCGGCCCCGGAGCCCGCGGGGGGACGAGACCCGCGGGAGUGCGUGGGGGGUGGGGGUGGGGGUGGUGCCGGCUUCCCCAGACAUGCCUUCUCUGCUGGCUGCGGGCCGCCCCAGC